AUGCUCCGGCGUCCCGACGGCACCUUCAACCGUGACCUAAACGAAUUCCUCGACCGCAAAGUCCCCGCCAACGCCAACCCCAUCGCCGGAAUCUACUCCUUCGACGUCAUCAUAGACCGCUCCACGGGCCUCCUCAACCGCGUCUACAUGCCGGCCCACAACAACGGGCCCACCGGGCCCAAUUACAAACUCCUCCCAGACCUCGACCAACCCCUCAGCCCAACUGGACCCGUCCCCGUCAUCAUCUUCUUCCACGGCGGCAGCUUUGUCCACUCCUCCGCCAACAGCGCCAUAUACGACACCUUCUGCCGCCGCCUCGCCGCCACUUGCCGGGCGGCCGUCGUCUCCGUGAACUACCGCCGGUCGCCGGAGCACCGCUUCCCGGCCGCCUAUGAAGACGGUUGGGCCGCCCUGAAGUGGGCCCACUCGAGGCCAUGGCUGGCGAGCGGCAGCUGCGAAGGGGGUCGCCGGAAAGUCCACGCGUACCUCGCCGGAGAUAGCUCCGGCGGCAACAUAGCCCACCAUGUGGCGGCCCGCGCAGCCGAGGAAAACGUGGAGGUCUUGGGGAGUAUACUCUUGCACCCUUUGUUCGGUGGGGAGGAAAGGACCGAGUCAGAAAAAAUGCUCGACGGGAAAUAUUUCGUGAAAAUUGAGGAUAGGGAUUGGUAUUGGCGGGCCUACUUGCCGGAGGGGGAAGAUAGGGACCACCCGGCUUGUAAUGUGUUUGGGCCAAGGGCCCAGCCCAUUAAGAGUCUUGGGUUUCCCAAGAGCUUGGUUGUGGUGGCCGGGCUUGAUCUUUUGCAGGAUUGGCAAUUGGGAUAUGUGGAUGGGCUAAGGAAAAAUGGGGUUGAGGUUCGGUUGCUUUUUCUGGAGAAGGCGACGAUAGGGUUCUAUUUCUUGCCGAACAACGAGCACUUUUGUUGCUUGAUGGACGAGAUGAACGAGUUCUUGCACUCUUGA